CCGGCUGCUUGCACUUGCAGCAACCAAGCCAGCCGUGUGAUUUGCACCAGGAAACAACUGCAAGAAGUCCCUGGCAGCAUCUCAGUGAACACCCGUUACCUCAACUUACAAGAAAAUCACAUCCAAGUCAUCCGAACCGACACCUUCAAGCACCUGCGGCACCUGGAAAUCCUGCAGCUCAGCCGCAAUUUGCUGCGCCAGGUGGAGGUGGGGGCCUUUAACGGCCUGCCCAACCUCAACACCUUGGAGCUGUUCGACAACAGGCUGACCACGGUCCCCACUCAAGCCUUCGAGUAUUUGUCCAAGCUGAGGGAGCUGUGGCUGAGGAACAACCCGAUAGAGAGCAUCCCUUCCUACGCCUUCAACCGCGUGCCGUCCUUGCGGAGGUUGGAUUUGGGCGAGCUGAAGCGGUUGGAGUACAUCUCAGAAGCCGCUUUCGAAGGCUUGGUCAACCUGCGCUACCUCAAUUUGGGGAUGUGCAACUUGAAGGAGAUCCCCAACCUGACGGCUUUGGUCAGGUUGGAAGAGCUGGAAUUGUCUGGGAAUCGUCUGGGACGAGUGAGGCCGGGCUCCUUCCAAGGCUUGAGCAGCUUGAGGAAGCUGUGGCUGAUGCACGCUCGCGUGGCCGCGGUGGAGAGGAACGCGUUCGACGAUUUGAAGGCUUUGGAGGAGCUGAAUUUGGCUCACAACGAGCUCAGCUCGUUGCCCCACGACCUCUUCGCCCCUCUGCACCGCCUGGAGCGCGUCCACCUCCAUCACAACCCCUGGCGCUGCGACUGCGACGUGCUUUGGUUGGCCUGGUGGUUGAGGGAAACCGUGCCCAGCAACACCAGCUGCUGCGCGCGGUGCCACGCGCCCCCUCCUUUACGGGGAAGGUAUUUGGGGGAGCUGGAGCCCGGCCAUUUCACCUGCUACGCCCCGGUCAUCGUGGAACCGCCGGCAGAUCUGAACGUCACCGAAGGGAUGGCGGCCGAGCUGAAGUGUCGCACGGGGACGGCGAUGACGUCGGUGAAUUGGUUGACCCCCAACGGGACUCUAAUGACCCACGGUUCUUACCGGGUCCGGAUCUCGGUUUUGCACGACGGCACGCUCAAUUUCACCAACGUCACCGUGCAAGACACGGGCCAGUACACCUGCAUGGUGACCAACGCUGCCGGCAACACCACGGCGUCGGCGACGCUCAACGUCUCGGCUGUGGAUGCGGCCGCC